AUGAUCGCAGCACGAUCUGAAUACAGAGACAACAACAAAGCUCCUCGGUGGCGGUAUUGCACAGAGCCAAUCAUAUCCAUCCUUGACAAAUCCGUUCCGAAUCAUGCCUUUUUUACCCAUAGAAAAGAACAUUUGAAUAUCAUAGCACUCGGUAGAACAGGUGAUGGGAAAUCCACUUUACUGAAUGAUAUGCUAGGAAAACAAGUGUUUCAUCACAAACAAUCAGCCAAGUCGCAAACGAAACAAGUGCAAACGGCGAGUGGGUUCUGGGCGCCCUUGGAUCGUUUUAUGCAUGAGAAGGAAGAUUUUGGAUGCUACAUCCAUGCAACAGACACGCCUGGUUUUGGUGACUCUCUUCAUCGGGAUGACUAUUUUCAAAGCAUCAUCCAACAAGCCAUGGUCGAUAUGGCUUUGGAUGACGGCAUUCAUUGCAUUUUAUUAGUCUUUAAAAUCAGCACAAAGUAA